GCAGCCCGACUCCUCUCCGCUCUCCUCCAUUCUGUCUCAGAGGUGGAUGCCAUGCCAUCGGAUUUUCUCCAUUAAUCAGCUGUUUGCGUUCACCUGACAAGCGCGUCCGGGGGUAUUUUAAGGGUUGGAGAUCCCUCUUGGUGGCGACAUUACAGCAGAUGGAGAGAGCCCUCCAUCAGCCUCAUCAGCUACUGUAAGUCACAUCAAGAUUGAGCCAAUCAGUACCAUGGACCUUUAGGAGCAGUAAUGGCAACUUGCUGUACCUCUCGCUCUGAUUGGAUAGACUUGUAGCAUGCGUUCCCUACGUAAGACUGUGCUGUUAGCUCUGGUAGCAUCAGUGGUGCUGGUUUUGGCAGUGCUACAUUCCUGGCCCACGCGGGUCUACAGCACUGUGGAUGUCCGGUACAGACCGGGUCCUGGAGCUGAGCGGUUGCUGGAGGAGAGACUUCCUGAACCAGAUCCCAGCACUAGCACCAUCCCUUACAGAGUUAGGGAGAGUGUGGCCAGGCUUUUGGCUCGCAACGGCUGUGUUUGUGAAGGAGACAGCAGAGGGGUCAACCUGCCCUUUGCUCAGCUGUUGUUCCCUAGAGUGUCUGCCCAUCCGCUGCACACUGCCUUCCAGGCCUCCCAGCUCCAUGAGAUGAAGAAACGGCGCGCCAAAGAGUAUCAGAGCUUUCAAAUGAGGUCGCAGACCCCUGCUGAUCUGCUGAUUGUAGCUGAAGCUAACAACCCUCUGCAGUACCCAACCCAGGGUGUGGAGGUUCGGCCACUUAAAACUAUCCUCAUACCAGGUUUGGCCUUAAAAGAGCUGCCCCGAGAUGUAUAUACUCUGAACUUUUCAGCAUCUCUGGGCACAUUUAAUGUGGCAGCAGAGGUGGAGGGGGUAAAGGUCAGGGGUGAUGGCGAGAUGCACAUGACCCUGAGCAGCAGCCUUUUGUCCAGUCUGAAUCGACAGCUCCAGUUUAUCACAUAUACUAACACGUUGUUCCACCCCAGCACAGCUGACACAGUGCAGUUAGACACAGAAGGACAUCAAGCUCUGUUUACCAUCAAAAUCCGUCAUGGAGUUACACCCAAACUCUACAACACAGGCUCUGAUGCAGAUAAAGAGUAUAACAUCAGUGCUCUCGUGACCAUAGCAACUAAAACCUUCCUGCGCUAUGACAAGCUCCAGGAUUUAAUUGACAGCAUACGACAGUACUAUCCAACAGUUACAAUAGUGAUAGCAGAUGACAGUGAGCACCCGAAAACAGUAUCAGGUCCAUAUAUUGAACAUUACAUCAUGCCCUUCGGAAAGGGCUGGUUUGCUGGUCGUAAUCUGGCCGUGUCACAGGUCACCACCAAAUAUGUGCUAUGGGUGGAUGAUGACUUUAUUUUUACUGCCAACACAAAGCUGGAGAAGCUGGUGGAUGUGCUGGAGAAAACCACACUUGACCUGGUUGGAGGAGCAGUGCGUGAAGCUACAGGCUACACUGCCACCUACAGGCAGACAAUCUCAAUUGAAGCUGGAGAGGAAGACGGGGACUGUCUGCACAUGAGGCGAGGCUUCCAUCACAUCAUCCAGGGCUUUCCUCACUGUGUUGUCACUGAUGGAGUCAUCAAUUUCUUUCUUGCCAGGACAGAUAAAGUGCAGCAGGUGGGCUUUGACCCCCGGCUAGCCCGUGUUGCGCAUUUGGAGUUUUUUAUCGAUGGACUCGGGUCCCUGCAUGUUGGGUCAUGUGAUGAUGUCAUAGUGAACCACGCCACCAAAAUCAAGCUGCCGUGGGUCCAGUCGGAAAGCGACAAAACUUACGCAAAGUUCCGCUACCCUCCUGCUUCAUCUGAUGCGACACACACCAAAAAUGGCCUCUUGUACUUCAAAAACCGCUUCCAGUGUCUAACACACAACUGAACACACCCUGGCUAUGCCUUCUUCCCUUUCUCUCAUCCCCCCUAAACGAACACUCUCUCCCUGAGUAGCUAAAGGGACCUGUGAAGACACUGGAAGUGUGCUGUGUAUGUACUGUAUUUGGUCCCAUGUGAGUAUGGGGGAGUUCAAAUAAGCCUAUUCUUUUGGAAAGGGUCAUAAUGUGAUCACAUGACUGACGGGUGAGAUUUUUUUGAUACCUGAAGAUGUCCUAUUUUUGUGUCUCCUUUCUUUAGCUUUAUUUUUGUUCACAAGAAUUCUUUAGAUACAGAUCAAACCAUUCCAUCUACUCACGUGGAUGUUGUUUCAAAUGCAUAAAGGAGACUUUCAAGCUCCUUAAUGACAAGGAUUUUUUGACAGAAUUUUCAUUUUUGAGUGAACUAGUCCUUUAAUUGAUGAGAAAACAGAAGAAGUUUCUUUUGAAACGAAGAGAAGACAGCGGAGGUAAACAUUUUGAACCAUGACUUUUAGAAUUUUUAAGUCCAGUUAAAGGGAGACCAUUUCUUUGGGACGUUGACAUGGAAUGUCACAUCAGCUCCCUGCCUGGCAUUAAUCGUGUGUGUGCUUAUGUGUGUCUGUGUGUUUUAUUGAGGGUUGUCUCUCUGUAUGUUUGCACUAAAACAAAUGGACUUCAAUUGGAGCGACUCGACCCUCAGCGUCACUAAAAAGAAGGAAUGGACUGAACAUCAUUAUCAAGCUAAAACCACAGACAAUCCAAAAUAUCACUUUCAUUAUCUCUCUCUCCCUCUCACAUACACUCUCCGACAGAUUUCUCAGCAAAAGAUGGAGGGGUGAUUCAUUGUACAUCAGUAAAAUCUGUAUUUGAUAUUUUUUUUGUUUUAAAGAGUGACUGUGCCAAAGGCUUAAUUACUGUCCUUGUAUGACUUGUUUAUUGUUUGUACUUUUUUUUUUUAAAUUUCCUUUAUUCUGGGUUCUUUUUAAGAUUGUAUCCUAUUGUACUGAAGCAUGAAGAUAGCAGCCAGGUGUAAAGUCCAAUGCCGGCUUUUAUAAAUUUAGUUCACAUCACAUCAUAAGCGUAUAUUCCAAAGGCGCUUACUUGACAGGUUUUAUUUAUUUGUUUGAUUGUUUGUUUGUUUGAGCUGGAUUUCAUCCAAAGCAAGAUUUGUGGGGAAAAAGGUCAAGUCAGUGGCUUUUGCUAUGCAGAAUGGCUGAGACAACUAGCCUUACUAAAAUAAAAAAAGCAGCAUUAAUAAACUUUUCAGAGUAAAUGGCAGAUGUGCAAAUAACAAAAAAUAUGAAAUAAAAUGGCUAUUCAAAUGUUAGGCUAUAUCUACACA